AUGGGUGUCAGAUCUGGCGGGUUCAAUGUCAAUGGCGUACGGGGUGAGGACUAUGGCUAUGGUAAUGUCAAUAGAAAUGAAAUCACCUAUUGUGUCUGGGGGGACGGAUUGGAAGGAAUAGAAUGCCACUUCCUCAAGAAGCACUGCAGUGUUCGAGUACUUUAUAACCUCCUCACCCCCUCGAUCAAAUCCCCGCUGCAAACACUCCCUCACACCGCACACCCCCCGCCCUAUACAACAACUAUACACAAUGCCCCACCCCACCCCCUCAAUCCGCAGCUCCCCGCCCCCCUCCCCCCCGCCCCACUCCUCCUACCGCUCCUCCCCCCACCCCUCACACCUACCUCCACCUCCACCUCCACCCGCCCCCAGCCAGCGGGAAUGACAGUCUCCCAAUUCUUCACGACCCUCCGCCACCGCCUCGAGAUCCUCUCGGAGGCCGAGGUGUGCGACAAUAGCAUCAUCCGCUUCCGCCGCGACCCGUAUCUUGGUUGCGAGCGGCACGCCUCGUGGCGCAUGGCGGCGAUGGGAGACUUUUUGACGGGUGUUGUGUUGGAGUUGGAGGUUGUUGGUGCUGGUGGGGCGUGUGAUGCGGAGGAAGAAGAAGAAGAGGAAGACCGUUAUGGUGGCGGCGGUGUGAGUGGUCGUGAGUAUGUCCCCACUACUCGGGAAGGAAGAGAAGGGGAGGACGACGUAACAUAUACCCCCACCCCCGCUUCAGAAAGCGCCGGAAGCGACAGCGAAGACCAGAUGUCGCCCGUGCUGCCACGGUACCUGGUGCUGACGCCGGAUGCGGGGGUGGGGGGCGGGGACGGGUGGGGGGUGCGUAGUGGGGGCGAUUGGGGGUAUCGUGAGGGGGCGUCGUCGCCGCUGGUGGCGUCGGGGGAGGGGGGGUGGGGUGGUGAUGAUGAGGGGGUGGGAGAGGGAGAGGGAGAGGGGGAUGGAGGCGGGGUUGUGGAGGAGAUAGAGGCGGCAGUUGCUGCGGGGGAUGACGGGAAGAAGAGGAGGUUGCAAGAGAGGGGGGAUGGUGAGGAGGUGGUGGUGGUGGGGCUGGUUAAAAAGUGUCGUAGGAGUGCACGGCUUGCGGAGGCUCGGGGAGCUAAAUCUGUGCCUUGUGAAUAG